GUUCGUUUCUAGCAUAACUGCGAUACUUAACGUUUGUAUUGGUCGUGCGCGGAUUGGGAAUAGUGAAUCACGAGCGCAGCUGGGUGACCGCACAAACCGCGUCGAUUUAUAUAACGAGUGCGACUGUGAAAUAACUGAGCUUUUCACAAACUUGUUUGCGUAGGAACUUCAUCUGUGUGGAGAGACAGAGGUAUCUGUGCGGGAGUAGACCAGAAGUUUUUGCCUUUUUAAGCUGGUUGUUCUUUCCAUCGCCAUGUCCUCCGGUGAUGUGUCGGAGCAGUGUCGGCGGUCUUGCGUGUUAUCUUGGGAGCAGGUGCAACGUUUGGACUCUAUUCUUGGCGAGACGGUUCCAGUUCACGGACGUGGAAACUUCCCGACGCUUUCUGUUCAGCCGCGACAGAUUGUUCAGGUGGUUCGAGCACGUUUGGAGGAGCGAGGCAUCACGGUUCGAGAUGUGAGGCUGAACGGCUCGGCUGCCAGUCAUGUUCUGCACCAGGACACGGGCCUCGGAUACAAGGACUUGGACCUGAUAUUUGGCGUUUCACUGUCAGAUGACCAGGCCUUCCGCGUGGUUAAGGAUGUGGUUCUUGACAGCCUGCUGGACUUCCUCCCCGAGGGGGUCAGCAAGGAGAGAAUCUCAGCCCUUACUCUGAAGGAGGCUUACGUACAGAAGUUGGUGAAGGUUUGCAACGACACCGACCGCUGGAGCCUCAUCUCGCUCUCCAACAACACUGGCAAGAAUGUUGAGCUUAAGUUUGUGGACUCUCUCAGGCGCCAGUUUGAGUUCAGCGUGGACUCCUUCCAGAUAGCCUUGGACUCCCUUCUUCUGUUCGACCGCUGCUCAGAGACGCCCAUGUCAGAGUGCUUUCACCCGACGGUGUUGGGCGAGAGCAUGUAUGGGGACUUCGAAGAAGCUCUCGGCCAUCUUUGCAACAAGGUCAUCGCUACAAGAAACCCAGAGGAGAUCCGAGGUGGAGGGCUUUUAAAAUACUGCCACCUUUUGGUGCGAGGGUUUCGGCCAACUUCGGAAACAGAGAUGAAAUCGCUCCAGCGGUACAUGUGCUCUCGAUUCUUCAUUGACUUUUCGGACAUAGGCGAACAGCAGAGAAAGCUGGAGGCGUACCUGCAGAAUCACUUUGCCGGAAUGGAGAACAAACGGUACGACUGUCUGGUCACGUUAUACCACGUGGUCAACGAGAGUACGGUGUGCUUGAUGGGACACGAACGACGGCAGACAUUAAAUCUUAUUUCCAUGCUCGCGCUGAGGGUGCUGGCUGAACAGAACGCCAUCCCCACAGUUACCAACGUCACAUGCUAUUACCAGCCGGCGCCGUACGUGCGAGACAUCAACUUCAGUAACUACUACAUCGCUCACGUGCAGCCGCUGGUGCGCACCUGCAGUAGUUCCUAUCCGACGUGGCUGCCCUGCAACUGACCGUAUGAGUUCAGCCCUCGCAUCUUCCCAUGUGGUGAAGAAUAUAUGCAAACAAGUGAAUAUAUAAACUGUUUUUUUCCAAACGUUUAAGAGGAGCUUUUUCAAAACAAUGGCGAUUGUUUUUAUGGUAAAUGUGACCUAUAUAGAAUGACUGCUCACUGCUGUAUGUCUGAUUUGAGCCGAUCCUUGCAUAUUCUGUUCUGCAGAGUGGAUGAAGAUCUUUUUCACAUGUAGCAGGGGAAAAGUUUUUUUUUUCUCUUAAACUCAUUAUAGAUUCAGUUAAACUAUCGCAGGUUAUGUAAAUGGGAAAGAAAGCUACAUUCUGCGUUGUGAAGCUAUAUAUGGUUUUUUUUUUUUGUUUUUUUUUUUUUUGGCCAGACUGUGGUUUCAAUCAAACCCUGUUUUGCAUCUUGGUUUUUUUUUUUAAGGACCAAAGAUAUUUUAUUUUCGUCUUUAAAAAAGAAUGGAAUGUUUGCUGUUGUAAUUCCAAGUGCCUAAAAACAUUGUACAAAAAAAAGUGAGACCUGUGCUUUCUUAAAACCAUUUUUUUUCUGUCUCCUUGUUUAUUGUAAAACUCUAUUUUCAGGGAUGGAGGCAUGUAUUUCCAUGUGAUUAAAAAAAGCACAAAACCCA